GUUGGGCAAGUUAUUAGUUUUAAACCCUGUUAUUUUUUUCUCAGUGAACAUUUAUUGGGUACCUACUAGGUUCUUUGUGAAGCCUUGGGAUGAAUACAGCAAAAUCAUUCUCUUGGUGCUUACAUUCUAGUGGGGGAGAUGGUGACACAAUGAAUAAAUGAGAAAAAUGUCACGGAUGACUGUACUCCAUGCUUGUAUGAUGUUCAUUCUGAAUAUGUAACUGAAUUCAUAUUGUGAAACUUUAAAAUAGACCUUAGAUUUAGAUGCAGUUAAACUGUCACUGAGGUAGAAUGAGGGUGUUCUAACAUUGACUUAUCACUCUUUUUCUGUCUACAGAAGUACUUAGAAUUAUGAAUGGCACUCCAUUACAGCCAACAAUAAAAUACUGCCUUCAUGUAAAAGAACUUUUAGUUAAUUUAAGUACUAGGUUUAGGCCAAAUUAUUUGUUUUGUGGAGAUUGUUAACAUUAGUGUAAUUCGUAAAUAAUAAGAUAAUUGUCUUAUCCUUAAAGAAUGAUUCAUAAACUUUUCAGAGAGAAUUUAAAUAACAUUUGAGAAACACAUUUUCCUCCUUAAUACCAGCUAUUUUAUGUGGACAGUGAGUGCAUUCAAACUUGGAAUUUCACAGGUGGAUAAAAGUAACCAGAUAGUAACUUACACUCUAUUAGUUUUGUGUGCAUUUUGACUCUUAUAGUGAGUCUUUAUUAUAAGAAUUUAAACUUAAAAAUUAAAGUUGGAGAGAUGGAAAGAGGCAUUUAAUUUGUUUUUAUGCCAUUACGAAUGUUAGAGUGGAUUGCAAUAUUCAGUACCACAUGAGGUCACAGUGGGCAGUGAUUUAUAUUCUUAAUUCCUUUUUUUUUUUUUUAGUACUCAUAACGUGACUAUAUUCAGUGAGAGAUUUUGACAGCAUAGUACAAUUUCAAUUUAGUGCGAGGGUUAAAUCCACCACACAGAGUGAAAUCCAUCUCCAUGACAACAUUCACACAACAGGAAAUUGAAUUCCUUCAAAAACAUGGAAAUGAAGUCUGUAAACAGAUUUGGCUAGGAUUGUUUGAUGAUAGAUCUUCAGCAAUUCCAGACUUCAGGGAUCCACAAAAAGUGAAAGAGUUCCUACAAGAAAAAUAUGAAAAGAAAAGAUGGUAUGUCCCACCAGAACAAGCCAAAGUGGUGGCAUCAGUUCAUGCAUCUAUUUCAGGGUCCUCUGCCAGUAGCACAAGCAGCACACCUGAGGUCAAACCACUGAAAUCUCUUUUAGGAGAUUCAGCACCAGCACUGCACCUAAAUAAGGGCACACCUAGUCAGUCCCCUGUCGUAGGUCGCUCUCAAGGGCAGCAGCAGGAAAAGAAGCAGUUUGACCUUUUAAGUGAUCUUGGCUCAGACAUCUUUGCUGCUCCAGCACCUCAGUCAACAGCUACAGCCAAUUUUGCUAACUUUGCACAUUUCAACAGUCAUGCAGCUCAGAAUUCUGCAAAUGCAGAUUUUGCAAACUUUGAUGCAUUUGGACAGUCUAGUGGUUCGAGUAAUUUUGGAGGUUUCCCCACAGCAAGUCACUCUUCUUUUCAGCCCCAAACUACAGCAUUUAGAAUGCUUUCAUCUAGCUGCAGUUUUGGUGAAUUUACUUCAGCUUUUCCUCUCCAGGCUACCAACAGUGGAAGUGCUGGAUCAGUAAAUGCUAAUUUUGCUCAUUUUGAUAACUUCCCCAAAUCCUCCAGUGCUGAUUUUGGAACCUUCAGUACUUCCCAGAGUCAUCAAACAGCAUCAGCUGUUAGUAAAGUUCCAGCGAGCAAAGCUGGUCUACAGACUACAGACAAAUACGCUGCACUUGCUAAUUUAGACAAUAUCUUCAGUGCUGGGCAAGGUGGUGAUCAGGGUAGUGGCUUUGGGACCACAGGCAAAGCUCCUGUUGGUUCUGUGGUUUCAGUUCCCAGUCAGUUAAGUGCAUCUUCAGACAAGUACGCAGCCCUGGCAGAACUGGACAGUGUUUUCAGCUCUGCAGCCACCUCCAGUAACGCAUACACUUCGACAAGUAAUGCUAGCAGUAAUGUUUUUGGAACAGUGCCAGUGGGUGCUUCUGCACAGACCCAGCCUGCUUCUUCAAGUGUGCCUGCUCCGUUUGGAGCUACACCUUCCACAAAUCCAUUUGUUGCUGCUGCUGGUCCUUCUGUGGCAUCUUCUACAAAUCCAUUUCAGACCAAUGCCAGAGGAGCGACAGGCCUUUCUGGAGCAAUGCAUUCUCAAGUGUUUCCUCACGCUCAUUUUGCAGCGACCUUUGGCACUGCGUCAAUGAGCAUGCCGGCAGGGUUCGGUACUCCCGCUCCCUAUAGUCUUCCCACCAGCUUUAGCGGCAGCUUCCAGCAGCCUGCCUUCCCAGCCCAGGCGGCUUUCCCUCAGCAGACAGCUUUUUCUCAACAGCCCAAUGGUGCAGGUUUUGCAGCAUUUGGACAAAGCAAGCCAGUGGUAACCCCUUUUGGUCAAGUUGCAGCUGCUGGAGUGUCUAGUAAUCCUUUUAUGACUGGUGCACCAACAGGACAAUUUCCAACAGGAAGCUCAUCAACCAAUCCUUUCUUAUAGCCUUAUACAGACACUUAAAUGGGACGAACUUUUACGUGGUCACAUUACAUCUCUCCGCCUCUUGCACUGUUGUCUUGUUUCACUGAUCUUAGCUUUAAACACAAGAGAAGUCUUUAAAAAGCCUGCAUUGUGUAUUAAACACCAGGUAAUAUGUGCAGAACAGAGGGCUCCAGUAACAACUUUUAACCUGUGAAUUGGCAAAAAAAAAAAGAAGAAGAAGAAAGUAGCGGUAUCAUGUAUAUUACAAAUUGGCUAAUAUUAAGUUAUUGCAGAUACCACAUUCAUUAUGCUGCAGUACUGUACAUAUUUUUCUUAGAAAUUAGCUAUUUGUGCAUAUCAGUAUUUGUAACUUUAACACAUUGUUAUGUGAGAAAUAUUACUGGGGAAAUAGAUCAGCCACUUUUAAGGUGCUGUCAUAUAUCUUGGAAUGAAUGACCUAAAAUCACUUUAACCAUUGCUACUGGAAAGUUACAAAGUCAAAAUUGGAAGGUUUUAUUCAUUCUUGAAUUUUUCCUUUCUAAAGAGCUCUUCUAUUUAUACAUGCCUAAAUUCUUUAAAAAUGUAGAGGGAUACCUGUCUGCAUAAUGAAGCUGAUCAUGUUUUGCUACAGUUUGCAGGUGAAAAAAAUAAAUAUUAGAAAAUAUGCUAUUGUUUUUGUGUUCUUGCUGCAAUGCCUUUACCAAAGUGGCCUUAAAUAUGAGUAGUGAAUUGAGAACAUCUUGAAUUCUUAAAUUAGAAUUUCAGAAGACUUCUAGUGACUAACUUUUAUGUCUAAAAGAGAAAAUUUUAUAAAAAGGCCAUGUAGAAAAUUUAUUAAAACUACUAUGACUGCUAUAUUCAGGAAUAUGUCAGUGGUAAAGCAUUUAAAUGUAGCUUGUUAGAUUCACCAUAAUCCUUCUAAUUUCUUUGCAACUUCUUAAUUUUGUGAAAAUUUGUAUAUAUGAAGAAUUUGCAUGUAUGUGUAUUUACAAAUUUUUUUUAAGUAUCUUGAAUUCUCAGACUGCAAAAGGCUUAUUUUAACUUGAUUUUUUUUUUUUUUAAAUAUUGUCUUUGAAUGUAUUGGAAGCAGACAUGCGUUAACUGUGACAUGAUUGCACCUCAAUUUUUUUUCCUUUGGACAAGCUGAUGUUAAUAGGACAUUUGUUUAUGUUCAUUUCUGGGGGGAAAGAAACUGGAACCCAGUGUUAUCUUAUAGUAUACUUUGAAAAGGCAGUGAUACUAAUGUUUAGUUAUAUCUUUAUGUUAAUAUUCAAAUGAAUUUGUUUAAAUAUUUAUAUGAUGCCUCAUUCAUCCAGUGAUAAUCUAGCAAUCUUAUCAAAACAGAACACAACUGAGAAACUUGUAAUAGUCUUUAAAAAAAUGCCUUUGAGCAGCCCACAUUAAGUCACAAAGUUUGUAUGUUAGAGCUCAUGCAUUUGUUCUUAUGUGAAAUUCUGAUGAAUAGGUUUCCCAGCCCAUAGCUGAUUAGCAGUUCAGAAAUGAUGGCUUGAAAGGAGGGAGUUAGAAAAAUCUGUGAAGAGCAUACACUGUUGAAGACCAGUUAGUGUAGGCACAGCCCGCCCAGCCUAGAGGACAUCACUAUUACAUCAUCUUCUGAUAGUUGUCUAUUACUGUAACUCAGUGUCAUCAAGAAAAGGUGAAAUCACAUAUAUAAAUAUGUGAUACAUGUUUGGAAAGUUUUGUUAGAAUGACGAAAACUGUGUUUAAAGCUUCGGUAUUAAAAGAGGUGAACAUGAGUUUCCUCAAACGUCAUGCAUUCAUGUUGAAUACCUUUUCCAGUGGUGACUACAUGAGUUAUUUUCAUACUAUAUUAAAAUCUGUGUCGAGUUUUAGACUUGUUAAAACAUUGUUCAUUGCAUAUCUGGCUGAAUGUAUGGUUGUCUGAACUGUUCUGAUAAGCAAGAAGACUGGGAAAUUUCUGCCCCUUUUCUGAGCAGUAUGUCUCUUCUGUUAGAAUUAAAUGAAUGCUGCAAAGGUUUGGGUGUGUGUUGAUGUAUACUUGAAUUGUCUCUGCAUUUUGGGGUCUCCUUUCAGACCCCUUCUCAUAGAGGGAAUACUUAAGAAAUGUCUUUGAAUUUUUAUGUUUUAGAUUGUAUUGGGUCCCAAUUAACUCAUGUGCAAAGUUAUGCUAUACAGUUGUAGGCUGUUACCCAAUCAACCUACCAGGCUUUCCAUCUAAGAAAUAAGUAAAUUAAAUGGUUAUUAUUAAAAUAAUUUUAAAGACUAUUUUUUUCUGGGUAAAUCUUGAAGUUUGUAAUUAAGUGGGAACUCUUAUUGACUUUAAAUGAGUGCUUAUAAAAUCAAAAUGUUUAGCGUAAAAAGUGAUUCAGCUUUAAUGUGGAUUUAAAUCUUCUGUUAGACUUUUGUAUCAGAUUUGCUUCUGGUCUUAUAUAGACCAUCAGAAUUGUGUUGAGUGCUGAAGAGGAGAAAAUACUCAAAGGUGACAAGAAUGAAGACUCAAGUUCCUGACGUACUGGCUGAAUCUGAUCUUCUCUCCUGUGUUUGCUCAGGAAAGAAAAUUGUCUUUUCUUUUAGGGUGGCAGACUUUACUGAUAUAGUUUAAAGGCAUGUUUUACUCUCGUUUUUGUGAAAAUAGAGAUUAGGUAAUCAUUUUCUUCCAUAAAAUAAUUCUUUCUGUAAAUUUGAAGAAGCGUCUCAGUGCUCUCUUUACUUGUGAGGUGCCCCUCCUCCCCUGGCUGGCGCAGUGCCUGUCAGUUGGAAAAAUGGAGAGAGAGUGGCUGCUUUCACCCUGUCACAGUACCCGGGGUUCUGAAACAUUCUGGUCUCAGGACCAUCAACUCUUAAAUUAUUGAGGAUCCCUAAGGAGCUUUUGUUUAUGUAACUUAUAUUUAUCAGAACUUGCUAUGUUGGAAAUUAAUAAGACAUAUUUAUAAAACAUGCUUAUUCAUUUAAAUAUAACAGUAAUAAACUCAUUAUAUGUUAACAUAAAUACCAUUUUGGAUGACAACUGUUUUCCAAAAACAGUUACUUAGAAUGCCGUUAUUGUACAUUUUGCACAUCUCUUUAGUGCCUGGCUUAAUAGAAGCAGUGGGAUUCUCAUACUGUUUUCACAUUGCAGUUCUUUUUGUAUCAUAUGGCCUGUGGGCACUGGAAAAGCCCACUGUGCACUUGUGAAACCAUGAGUGAAGCAGACAUACAACAUUUCAGUAGUAGUAUGAAAAUAGUUUUGACCUUGGGUUCGGGGGACCCUUAAGGGUCUUCAGACCACACACUGAGAACCACUGCAUUACACUUUAAAUUUCUGUGUUUCUGGAACAACAAUGUUUAGUUGUAGGGCAAACAUCCUACUCCCUAAACUUCUAAGUGUUUUUGUUGGCUUAGUGGGGAAAAUUCCAGUUGAAAUUGCAAACUUAAUUUCAACAUUGUUUUCUGGGUUUUCCUCCUUCUAUUUUUAUUUGAAAGCUUUUCAAUAAUGAUGAAAUUGGUGAAUAUCUCCUUUUUUUUAAAAAAGGAUAUUGCGAGUUCUGACUUGGUUAUUGGUGUUUAUUUUGGAAUCAUUUACUAUUCUGACCACUUAGAAAUGGUGUAAUUGUUUUGUGGGAACUAUCAAAUAGCUAUUUUUAAAAAACCACCUUGCUGAAGAAAAGUUUGAAAUGAAGAAUAGUUUAUUUCUCCCAUGUUUAUAGUUAAAGAAUUUUAGCUCUUUUUGUGUAUGUAUACCCACACACACACACAUACAUUUUUAAAAAUAAAAGUUGGAUUUCUCUAACAAAAAUCACUAUCCUCCAGGAAGUCAGCUAUAAUUAUAGGACUGUGUUUACUUAAGAAAGAGGUUUGCAAGCCUCCCCUCUCUCCCCACAUGGCUUUUAAUGCCUUGUCCAUUUUUAGGGGAGCACUUCUUGUUGCUUCUCUUUUAAACAAAAUGUUUUAAAAUUCUCUUGAAGACAUAGUGAGUAUUUGAAAAGUAGUUUACAGUAAGUAGGCACCACAAGCUGUGGCUUUGUCACUGUUACUUUGGCACACUGAAACGGUGCCAUCCCCAGGCAGGCGUGGGCCUUGCUGCUUGGGCCUGUUUGUCCAUACGUUUGCGCUCCUGUCCCUAACUUGUGUUCAGCGGCGCUUACCUUGUCUUUGGCCUCCUCUUGCAGUGUCAGACUUGUAUCAGAAAUUACCCUCUAGGGGACCUUAUGAAGGGGUUUUUUUAAAAGUAAUGACUUCACAGUAACAUGGUGGUAUUAUGGGAUGUGGGUUUAUUUAACUCUUUCAGUAUGUCAGAAGCUUGCUACGUGCUUUCCAUGUGUUAUAUAGCCCUUCAAGUGGACUCAGACUUUAAGGAUGAAAGAAGCAAGGUGUAGGCCAAUGACAGAGCUUUUGCUCUGGGGAGCACAUAUUUUAUUGUUGGAUUAAAAUGUGCCAUUUAUGUGCAAGAUAAUUUUAAAAUCUUAAGAAAUUCCAAGAAAGUUGCUUUCUUCUAUAUCUUAUAUUCCAUAAUGUAACCAUUUUUAAUUUGGGUUCCAUUCAUAAUUUGAUGGAAUCAGUAAGUAUUCUCUAGGAUUUAAGCUUUACUAGUAAAUCAGUGGGGUAAUUAGUGAAUCAGGUUUUAAACUAAAGAGACAGCUGACGUAUCACAGUGACUUCUGUUUUGUGAAACGGUCCAACUUUUAAAUUAGCCUGUUGUAUUGAAUUUAUCCUCAUUAGUUUUUCUUUGUCUAUUUUAACACAUAGUAUGUCAUUUAGUAAAGUUCUUGUUAUGUAUUUGAACAAAUGAAUAUAUGACCAAGAUGUAAUCCAGUGUUGUGCUGGUGAAUGUUUUUCUCUCAUGAAAAAGUGCCCUGUUUUGUAGUGUUUACGGACAUUUGUAGUAUAAAUACUCUCACCAUGGCUGAUUUCACCUACCAGUCUGAUGUUAUUAAACUUGAAGUUAGAAAGAGCGAGUCACCAGUCUCUUUGCAGGCUAACUCCAGCACAGCACUGAUGAUGUAAUUCCACAACCCAGUUCAUUGAAUUUAUUGGUUAUUUGGUGAUUGUAUCCAGUAUUUGAAGAACCUUUUGGUUUUUGCUGUUAACUCAGCCAGAAUUGGGACACUAGUUUAUUUCUAGAAGUGUUCUGGGCACCGAGGUAUUUAAUUUGGAAAGACCCAAAUAUUGUGAACCCUGGUUUUAAAAAGUCCAGUUAUUGCUUGUGCUAAUGUAGAGGUUGCACAUUCAUGGCAUAUACUCUGAAUUCUAUCUGCAGUUGUGUUUUGUUUGACCAUUGCAGUGUUUUAAAAACUUGAAUUUUGUGUAGUUUGAAGGGUGUCCAUACUCUCAAGGUAGCCACUAGCUUACCAUUCCCAAUUGUAUGAGCCUCAAGUGUUCAGAUGCGUUCUAAGUUCUUUGAAUUGGCCUUGGCCAAUCUGAGUAGGCACAGAAGGGCUCUUACGCCACUUUUACCUGUUCUGAUUUUGGAGUCCUGUAAGGACUUAAAUUUAUGAUGAUAUUUUCUAGUGAAGACUUUUGCCAAAAAUGUAUUUCCUUUCCUGAUAGCCUCUGUGCGGUCUGCAUAUUUUAUGCCAGUGGAUAAGAAUUCAUAUAUUUAGCUGUAUUUUUGAAAUCUGUGCUUGUUCAACUCACACAGCUCUGGAGUUUACUGAAAACAGAGGGCAGUGGUUGAGGCUUCUGUAACAAGGAAAAGUGAUCUUGGAUGAAUUAUUUUAAUUGGUGAUUCAGAUGCCCAUUGAUUAAUUUCUUAAUUGGUUCUUUGGAAUUUUGAAUAGAUGUUAUCCAAGUUAGUUUUAAACAAUGAGAGUUAAUUUUAAACUAAAUUCUCAACAUUUCCCCUCAUUCUUGAGUUGGAGGGACAGAAGCAGCAGACACCCCAGGAGCCUUCUAAUUUUGACUAAAUGACCAUGAAGUAGAAGGUAGCAAAGGGUUGUGAAUUGAUGUUAUACAGUGUUUCAUCGAAUGCUGUGGGUACAAUCAGGUUUUUUAAAGACUUUAAAGGUUUUUUUAUAUGUUACCAUAAGAUAAUAACAUGUUUAUGAUUUUUAAAAUCAUGCAAUAUACAAAGGGUAUAAAGUGAAAAAGUAUGUCUCCUUCCUGUGACUUGAUUCCCACAUCCCAGGGAAAUGUAGUUUCUUGUAUUCUUGUAUCAUCUUUCAGAAAUGUUAGCAUUUAUUUUAUAUACCUCUCUCUCUAUAUAUAUGUACGCCUCUCGCUGUCCUCCCUUAUUUUAAAUGUAUGGUUUUGUAACUUGGUUCUCUUUGUUUAACGUGGUUUAUCUUUCCAUAUUACCACAUCCAGCUCUAACUCAUUAUCUUAAUGGCUCCAAGAUUUCAUUAUAUGGAUCUCCCUUUUAAAGAAUAUGUUUAUAGAUUUUUUUCUACUAAAAACAUUGUUAAAAUGAGAAUAUCCUUUUGCAUAUGUGAAGGUUAGUCUUGAUUCUGCUUGACUGUAAACUCAAUAAAAUAGACAUCAUUGAA